AUGGGGGGGCUGCUGUUGCAGGACAGACUGAUGAGGCGGAUGGACAAGAAGCACUUCACAGCAGGCCACAGAUUUGAGGACAACCCCGGGGUCCGGCGCCACCUGGUCAAGAAAAAGUCGUCCAGAUGUCAGAUGACGCGAGCCAGCAACAGCUCCACGCCCUUAUCCAGCCUGAAGAAGAAGAAGAGGGCAGCUGAUAAGAAAACUCAUGAGCUUUUCGUGGAGCUGAAUGAGCUGAUCGUGGAAAAAGACCAUGAGAUGCGCUGGAAGGAGCGGGCUCGCUGGAUCAAGUUUGAGGAGGAUGUGGAGGAGGACACCGACCGCUGGGGCAAACCUCACGUGGCGUCGCUCUCAUUUCGCAGCUUGCUGGAGCUUCGCCGAACCAUCACACAUGGGGCCAUCCUUUUGGACCUUGAGCAGAACACUCUGCCCGGCAUUGCCCAUCUGGUCGUGGAGACGUUGAUCAUUUCUGACCAGAUCAAAGCUGAGGACAGACCCAGUGUUCUGCGCGCCCUCCUUCUCAAGCACAGCCAUCCGAGCGAUAUGAAGCACCGCUUUCACCGUCACCAAUCGUCUGCGAGUCUCCACGGCAGCUUCAAUCACAACCACGUCCAGGACACGAGCCUACCACUGGUGGCCGAAGAGCCUGAUGAGCACCACGACAGCAAGGGACCCGUGUAUGACCCCAAACAAGAUGUCUUUGUCAGCCUUUUUAAAUCUCUCCACCCUGUGCCUCCGGAGAGCCAUCCAGCUGCAGCCACAUCCUUGAAGCUGCUGGCCAAGAUCCCCAAAGGCGCAGAAGCUGUCAUUGUUUUAGUCGGAUGUGUUGAAUUUCUGGAGCAGCCCGCUAUGGCCUUUGUCCGGUUGAGUGAGGCAACCCUCCUUGAGUCUGUGCUGGAGAUCCCCGUCCCUGUUAGAUUCCUCUUCGUCCUGCUCGGCCCCAGCCAGUCCAACGUGGACUACCAUGAGAUCGGACGCUCCUUUGCAACUCUCAUGUCCGACAAGAACUUCCAUGAGGUAGCCUAUUUUGCGGACGACAGGCAAGACCUUCUGAAUGGCAUCAAUGAGUUUUUGGACUGUAGCAUAGUGAUCCCACCCUCCGACAUCGAGGGCAAAGACCUCCUGAAGACGGUCGCUGACUUCCAGAAGCAGUUGUUGCGCAAAAGAAAAGAGAGAGAAUUCAAGAGGCACCAAUCCAUGUAUGCCGGUGCAGAGCUGGACAAUAAAGAUAUUAUUCCAGAGGAAGAGGAGGAGGGAGACCAGGAGGUGGACCCAUUAAAGCGCUCAGGAAUCCCAUUCGGAGGUCUGAUCCACGAUAUCCGCCGGCGUUAUCCACAAUAUGUCAGUGAUCUGAAAGACGCCCUGGACAUGCAGUGCGUUGCUGCUGUAAUUUUCAUCUAUUUUGCAGCACUGUCACCUACAAUUACCUUUGGAGGGCUUUUGGGAGAGAAAACAGAGGGCAUGAUGGGAGUGACUGAACUCAUUGUGUCAACUGCAACUCUUGGAGUCAUAUUCUCUCUGCUUGGUGGACAGCCCCUCCUCAUCAUUGGUUUCUCAGGGCCGUUGCUGGUGUUCGAAGAAGCCUUCUACAAGUUCUGCCAGGCGUACGACUUUGAGUACCUGACCGGUCGGGUGUGGAUCGGUUUCUGGCUCAUCUUCAUCGUCUUGGUGAUGGUGGCAGCAGAAGGCAGCUUUCUCGUCCGCUACAUUUCACCUUUCACACAAGAGAUUUUCGCUUUCCUUAUUUCUCUCAUUUUCAUAUAUGAAACUUUCUCUAAGCUCAUCAAGGUUUUUAAGGAACAUCCGCUGAUGGCUAUGUACCCCACUGACUCCACAACACCUGACGGUUUACCAAAUUUCGAUGCUCCUGUCUUUAACCAGCCUAACACUGCUCUGUUGUCUCUGGUGCUCAUGAUGGGCACUUUCUUUGUCGCAUUCUUCCUCAGGAAAUUCCGAAACAGCCGUUUUUUAGGUGGAAAGGCAAGAAGAAUUAUUGGGGACUUUGGUAUCCCCAUCUCUAUCUUAGUUUCGGUGUUAUUGGAUUACUCCAUUACUGACACUUACACCCAGAAACUCAACGUGCCAUCGGGUUUUUCCGUCACAUCUCCUGACAAGAGAAGCUGGUUAAUCAGCCCAUUUGGUGACAAGCAGCCAUUUCCAACCUGGAUGAUGGGAGCAUCUGUGGUCCCUGCCCUUCUUGUCUUCAUUCUUAUUUUCAUGGAAACUCAAAUUACUUCAUUGAUAGUCAGUAAGAAGGAACGCCGUCUUAUGAAAGGUUCUGGCUUCCAUUUGGAUCUCCUGCUCAUUGUCGUCCUCGGUGCCAUAUGUCCGCUUUUCGGCCUGCCGUGGCUCACUGCAGCCACCGUGCGCUCGGUCACUCACGUCAAUGCCCUCACGGUCAUGAGCAAAGCCACGGCUCCUGGGGAGAAGCCCAUGAUCCAGGAGGUGAAAGAACAGAGGCUGACGGGGCUCCUUGUGUCUGUGCUUGUCGGGAUGUCCAUAGUGAUGACUAACGUGCUGCGCCUCAUCCCUCUGGCUGUUCUCUUUGGCAUCUUCUUGUACAUGGGGGUCACCUCCCUAACCGGCAUCCAGCUGUAUGAACGCAUCACACUCAUGGUCACUCCAGCCAAGCACCAUCCCGACCACAUCUAUGUCACCAAGGUGAAAACAUGGCGUAUGAACAUGUUCACCAUCAUCCAGCUGGCUUGCAUCGUGGCUCUGUGGGUCGUGAAGUCUACCGUGGCCUCCCUGGCAUUCCCUUUCAUCCUCAUCAUGACGGUGCCACUACGCCGUCUCAUCCUCUCCAGGAUCUUUGAGGAACGCGAGCUCCAGGCGCUGGACUGCGAUGAAGAUUCUCCCAACUUCGAUGAGGAUGGGCGGGACGAAUACAACGAGAUCCACAUGCUAGUGUAAAUUUUUAGCGAACCUUGGCGAUCAGGACUCCAUUUGUGAAAGCACACAAGCCCGUUUGGAAAACUCUGUUUCUGGAUUGGUUUACGAGGGCACGAGAAGCAACUCGAACGGUGGUCGAAAAAACACAACAAAAGCUAUCACUGGACGAGCAGUUCUUACCUUUGUUUAUUCCAGUGUUCUGAAUCAUUACAAUGGUAAUGAUGGUGUUAAAUUCCCAGAAGAUGUAAGCCAGAAAAUAGCUCAAAGAGCAUACCUGAAGAGGACAAUACCGAUCUCACAGAACAUGAAGCGUGUAACAUGAACACUUUUUACCCUUAAAACCCUUUUUAUUUACUCCACGCGUUCUGGGCAUGAGUGCAAUGAUGAAGGUGUGUUCUAGAACAACAGCAGACUGGGAAGUUUAGGCUUCUUUUGGCUUUAAAAUGAAGGAAAAACAGUCACCCGAAAAAGGAAGGAUACAUUUCUUUUGAAUUUUUCAGGAGUAUUUUCAUCAAGUAGAUUUUUUUUAAACGGUUUUGCCCAAAAUUCUAAAUCCUGAAUGAAUUCUGACUAUAGUUUAGCUGCCUUUUACCUCCUUGCCACUGUCCUACCAGCUGCCUUUAAGUUACGACAUGUAAACAAGUAGUCAAAAAAAGAUUUGUCCCUUUAGAAUAGACUUUGAGAAAAUAGCACUUGGACUGGUUAAAAAGUUCCCUUGUAUUGCUGUCAGUCGAGCUCAAUGGCACAACUCUUCUUUUUUUUUUAUGUUGUUACUCCUUGAAGCCAAAAUUCCUUAAGACUGGGCAAGCUACUUUAAAGGGUGUUACUGUGAUUUUUCAGGUGAAUAAAACCUACCAGUCUGGUGAUCCCACUAUUGUGACCUUUGAGACACAAACAUAUGUAUGUAUAUAUAUAUAUAUGUAUGUAUAUAUAUAUGUAUAUAUAUUCGUUCUCAUCCUACUAACCUUUAUUUUUAUACUACUGUAUCUAUUUAUUUUGUGAAGUUUUAGAGUUUUUGCCAUGCAAGAUUCUCAGUGGUGUUAUAAAUCCAAGUACCUUAAAAUGCUAUAAGAGUUAGUAUCAAAUAAAAGAGGAACCGACUAUAUGUCAUUAUGUCGUUAUACAUGUGUUCUUCUACUUUUUCUGUAAGACAUCCAAUGGGUGGUGUAUUUUUCACAGAUAUCGUAAAUACUUUAACACACUUUACUGGAAAGCCAUGGAAACUAAACAAACUCACAAAAACUGAAGAGUAGUUGGGCCCUGGUCGAGAGUUAGAUUUUUAGUUUAAGGACUCCAAGCUCUAAAUCAAGAUGUAUCAUCAGUGCUUAGAGUUGCUUCGAAAGACCUGGAGGUUUUUCAUCUUCUGGUGUUUGACUAACAAAAAUGUUUUCAGAAGACACUUGAGACGCUAAUGAUAUUUGUCACAUCGGAAGCCAUCUUAAAGGAGCAUUCACUCAUUGUGAUUGGAUAUAAAACUGAGACGAGGAAGAUUAGAAGGAGUAUUUUACUGAAGAGUUUUCCAAAAUAUGUUUCCAUACUAGUGUUUCAAGCCCAAUGGACACAGUUCAGAUGUCAGCAGAUGGUCAGAAAGACGUAAUAAUCCUUUGUCCUUUUGACAGUACGUUUGUGUAAGAUUUUUGAUCACAUUCCAGUCGAGUGGAGAUGAUGCUACUUCAGGCUGUAACCAAGAUCCAUGUUGAGCUAGAGCUUUGGCAAAGUGUUUACCCUAAAUCGGGAUUCUCCGAACUACGUUUACUGACAUAGAGUUCCUGAACAGAUAGGUUCCACUGGUGAUAGCAUGUGGAAGAAUAAGCAAUAACAGUGUGUCUGCCAAAUAAGUGUUUCUUUAUCACCCACAGAUCCUGACGUUUUGAUCAAUUUACGCUAAAAGUUAUUCAGAGUUUGCUUGUCUGUGCAUAUUUAAUCAAGAACCCACAAUACUUCCAUACUUCCAUACAUACACCCAGGAGGCCAGCAUGAUGUUGUCUUCUCAGAAAAGCUCUCCUUUCCAGGAUCUGACAUUCAAGUAGUUGAAAAUGUGAUCAGAUUCUUUGAUGGGUCCUGUAGGACGUAUACUACAUGUGAGCGGUUGGUCCAGAGCUUUCAUUGAAAUUGAAUCAAAAUUAAAUUUCCGACCAUCGCUUGAGUAAUUACAGCCAGGCUGCCGCAGCUUUGUUCAUAGCCAAUAUCUGGAGACUGUCACCGAUCAGCCUUUUAAAUAAAGUAAUGUGUCCUGAAUGCAUCGUAUAAGGUAUCACAUCAUCUCCCUUUUCUAUAAAAUCUGCUGAGUCAGUUCCAUAACCGCCAAGAUGUCACAACUGGAUAAGGCCAUCGCACUUAUUUAUCACCACGUACAUCAAAAAGAAUGUAAACCAAACUGCAAAGUAUUAUUAAAACCCUCUGUAAUCUUGCACACCUUAAAUUUCAUAAAAUCCUACUUUUAAAUUGACUGUAAUGUAUGUAAUCCCACAGCGAAAAUGAGAGUAUCUCAUUUUACUUUACUGCCCCACAUUACUGGACUGGGCAGGAAUUUUACCUCAGGGGAUACUGACCUUUGAUCUGUAAAUAUUACUUCCCAGCCUUUUGGUAUAUUGACUUUUUUUGUGUACACAGAGCAGUGAAAAAGUGACCAAGCACAUGCGACAUAAAAAUAUACGGGCCACAGUCCAGGGUUUUAUGUUUUCCAGCGAAGUAAAAAAGGUCAAGCGGAGAAAUGAUGUGUUUACUGCAGCACGCUGACGUGGAAGUUUAGCCGUAAAUGAAUCAUGCUUUUCCUUCCCUGAUUGUUCUCCUAAGGCCUCCCCCUUCAAGCCCCCCCGCUUUGAUGUGAAGCAAACACCUGCCGUAGCCUGUGUUCAAUUCUCCAGCUCCUAUAGUUAACGAGUCACACAAUGUGCUUUACAUUAGUCCACUGCAGAAAGUCCGUUCAGAGUGGGUUGCCUUAUUAAUGGGUCCUUUUUUUAACCAAGUGUUUAUGUUGCAGGGUUUACAAAGACUGGGAUUGCAAAUGAAGGGCAAAGACCAUGAGAUUCAUUCUAACAGUGCAUGCUUGCACGAUGGAGUUCUUUUGGAUGACGCUCCUUGUGUUUUCGUAAUGUUAAUUUAUUGAGGGUAAUACAAAAAAAGUUAUUGGGUACAUAGCUAAAUCAAUCAAUGCCCCAUUUUGGCGGCCUUUCUUUCGCUGACAUUAGUUUAAAAAACACUUAAUUUAACCAAAAUCGAAUAAGAAUUCCACUCAUGGAUAU